ACUAAGAUUUUUAUAUAUUACAUGUGUGUAACGUCUUUGAUAAAAAUUCUUCAAUUAAUAACUUGAAAUUAUCAGAGGACAGUAAGUAAAAAGUGUUUCAAAAACGUGCGUUUAACCUUGAAUCUGACAAUUCAAAAAAUUUUUAAGCAUAUCAGGAAACAAAUCACGCGUGUAAAUAUGCUUCAUGAUAAAAUAUCCAUGAAGAAAGAGAGGUUUAUGAUACGGGAAUUAUAGAAAUGGGAAUGCAGAAUUCGAAACGACAGGAUGCGGGUGACGACAUAAUAUCGCAGAAAUCUCUGAACGCGGUGAAGGAACUUAUACAUUUUUUGAAGAAUCAUUCUACAGUGGAAGGAUUAUUUCGACGUGCAGGACGUCGCGAGCUUCGACAACAUAUUCUGAAUUCUCUGAAAAAGGGCCAGAAGCCGCACUUCGAAGAUUCGAACAAUGCGGCUCUGGAAUGCGCGGCAGCUUUGCAAAUUUUUCUCAGCCGUUUGAAGAAGCCAAUUAUGCCGCAACAUGUGCAAGAAUUAAUCCUUGCUGACAAUCCUGGCGUAGAAGCACAAGUUAUAGCCCAGGAUGCCUUAGGACUCAUUAGACAGGACGUUAGCGGUCGACACGGCGAGCUCUUGACCGGUGUCCUGGAUCUUUUGAGACACUUGACUCUGUCAGGAUCUCCGUCCGAGUGUUCCGAAUUACGUGGAUCUCCUCUGCCCAUCGCUCUUUUGCCAGUGUUUUUUAAUUUAUCGCCUAGCGACUUAAUGAAGUGGAAGCAAGUCGCAGCCAGAUUUAGCGAAUUAAUUACGGAAGCCGCGAUGCAACUUCAUCGGGAUGAACAGCGCGCCGUACGGACAGAAACUGUGUUGAAUUCCACAGCAUCGCCUUCGUCAGAAGAGGAAUCUGAGGAAUUAACGAGGUUGCAGGAACUUUCUUUAUUAUAUCCCAUUGUCCGACUUACAAAUCACUCUAACGCUUCUCACGUUGGCGAGAUAGCACGUCUUCUCAUUACACCGUUACAACAUCCCGCUGUCAGCAGAUUACAUCCCGCAAUUGUUAAUCGUAACAGACAAUAAUCACAGAUAAAAGGAACAAAUCUUAAUGGUACAAAUAAUAAUAUAUUGUAGUGUUGGAAUCUUGUUUACGUAAAUUGACCGAGUGCUUUUAUUUGUAAUUCGAGUGAAAACCAUUGUGAUGUGCACGUGUUGCUAAUAAAAAAUAAAUGCCGAUUAUCUCGUUAAUGUUAACAAUAACGUUUGAACAAGCAUCAGGAGUAAAUUUGCAAACACAUAUAUUUUCGUGUGCUUUCAUACAUAUAGAACAUUCAUUAAAACUUUGAUACAUUAAAUUAAGUGUACGUAUAUACAUAUGUGUAUAUAUGUAUACGCACAUAUAUACACAUAUAUAAACACACUGAGUACAGUUUUGCAUAAUAGAAACAAUUUGCUACUAAUAAAACAGAAUUUAUAUUUGCAUGUACAAUUUGAUCUAAGAAACGUGCGGUUGAACUUGAUCUUCGAAAAUUCUCUCUCUACAAAAAAAAAAAAAAA